UGUAGAAAGUCAAUAUUAGCUCCAGGAUCUUGUGGAAGCCACUUGCUUUCUUGUCUCUGUGGUCAUGCAGCUUCGAAAUAACAUAAGCAUAGCAGAUGCAUCACCUACUGAAAAUGGGACUCCAGGUCCCUUUGAUGGUCCUCAGUGGCCCUACCAAGCACCACGCAGCACCUAUAUGAUGGUUGCAGCCCUAAUGGGCACAGUGGUGGUGGCUGCCACCUUCGUAAAUGGCCUGGUCAUUGUGGUGUCUGUGCGCUACAAGAAACUACGUUCUCCACUUAACUACAUCCUGGUCAACUUGGCAGUGGCGGACUUGCUGGUCACCUUCUUUGGCAGCACCAUCAGUUUUUCCAACAAUGCCAAUGGCUAUUUUUUACUGGGGAAGUCCGUCUGUGAGUUUGAGGGCUUCAUGGUCUCCUUGACAGGUAUUGUAGGUCUCUGGUCACUGGCCAUUUUAGCCUUUGAACGCUACAUUGUCAUUUGCAAGCCAAUGGGAGAUUUUCGCUUCCAGCAGAAGCAUGCUGUAAUUGGAUGCACCUUCACCUGGGUAUGGUCCCUAAUAUGGACAACACCACCUCUCUUUGGUUGGAGCAGCUAUGUCCCUGAAGGCCUGCGUACUUCUUGUGGUCCUAACUGGUACACUGGAGGGACAAACAACAACUCCUAUGUCAUGAUGCUCUUCAUUACUUGCUUUGUGAUGCCACUCAGCAUGAUCAUUUUUUCCUAUGGGAACCUCCUGGUUACACUGAGACUUGUAGCUGCCCAGCAAAAGGAAUCUGAGACCACCCAGCGGGCUGAACGGGAGGUCACCCGCAUGGUCAUUGCAAUGGUAUUGGCAUUCUUGAUUUGCUGGUUACCAUAUGCCACCUUUGCCAUGGUUGUAGCAAUUGACAAGGAUAUAGUCAUCAAUCCAACUCUAGCCUCCAUGCCCUCCUACUUCUCAAAGACAGCCACAGUCUACAACCCCAUUAUCUAUGUCUUCAUGAAUAAACAGUUCCGUAAUUGCAUGCUGACUAUGAUGUGUUGUGGCCGCAAUCCUUUUGCUACAGAAGAGGAGACUUCAUCUACUGCUUCCAGUACAGCAGGACGCACUGAGGUCGUCUCUGUGUCUUCAGGGGCUGGGACCAAGGUCAGCCCAGCCUAACUCACAACCAGGCCAUCAUCCAUACACAUUUCUGGAUCCAAAGUAUCUGGGUUUUAUCAGUUCUUAAAGUCCAUGCUUUCUUUGUGGCUGGCUGUAAUGCAGAUCUCUGUAUUUGAUGACAACAUAAACUUGUUACUGCGCUGAAUGGUUCAUAAGAAAAAGGACUGCUCUCCGUCCUUUUAUAACUAUAAGCUAGUUGUGUAGAAGCCAUUCACUUUACUCCUCAUAAAUUAUUCUUUCCUAAUUAUUUUAUAUUGUUCAUUGAUUGGGAGGUGCUUUGCAUUUUCCUUUACCACAGAGUUCACCUGGGUAGUCUGGUCCUAGUCUUAUUUUGAGGUGUUUCUUCUGCUAAUUCACCAUAUAACUUCACUGCCAAGGGUGGCUCAGGUGAAUAUAGAAAGAAGCCCAACUUCAAUUUUCACUUUAGUUGAUUGAGCUGAUUAAUUUUAGUCAUUUCUUCUGCUGUCUCCCAUACCUAUAUAUGGGCUUUCAGACUCUUUUGUUAUAUCAUUAUAUAGCUAAGUCUAAAGGUCUAGAUGACAAGUAGUUACAGCUCCACCCCCUGCAAAUGCAUGACUUCUUCUUGUCAGCUUCUUGGUAGAACAGCCCACAGCCUAGAGCUCAUCAAAUGACAGUGUUGAUGCAGAUGGUAAACAGUAGUAUUGUCCACAUGGCAUCCAAACACACUUCAGAUGGAGAAUGCAUCUCUUCAAACAAUGUCUCAUUAAACUGUGACAUUUCUUAGCGAAUUUCUUGUGAUUAGAAAUGCCAGGUAUGGAUAAGGAACAAAGUGGGACAAGCAUACCUACACUUCACAGUGGUCAAAGUAAAGCUGAAUCGGCUUUAUACUGCACUGGUUGCUUAAUUGCAGCAGACAGUCCUCUAAGACUAUGUGGAACCUAAGAAGGCAGUUGCUUUCUUGAAUAAUACCAUAAAUCCUGCCUUGGGUUGUUUUGAGGAAAUUGCUAAAGCAGUCCAUUAGGCAUACCUAGUUUAUACAGUAUAUCAAGUUUUACUUGGCCCAGUAUUGUAUGGUGCUUUACAAAGCAUUGAAGGUUGAAAGUUGAAGGUUGGGAGCGAGCACUGAUACAGCACAUUGACGCACCCACCACACGACAAACCACCUCAGGAUCCCAACUUAGGACCUGAGCUCAGCCAUGAAAGGUUACAGAGCAUUCAAGGAUAAAAAUCAAGUCAACUCUUGUAGCUUAAUUACAAAAUUGGUCAAACAGCUGGUUAAAUUCAUAUUACAAUGUGUAAUCAGUGAAUAAUACUAUAAGCUAAGAUAAUAUAGUGAUUAAGAUAACAUGACAGCUCCUCCUGGUGAGCACUGCAAUAUAGAAGCAAAAUGCCAAGUAGUUCACCAGGAUAUGAAAAAUGUCAUUCUUCUAAUCCAAUGCAGGUAAUGCUGAAAAAAGGGAGGAAUCAAAUAUUAUACAAUGAAACACUAAAGAAAGUCUACAUGGCCAGUAAGAGCCUGACUAACCAUAGAUCACUCCCUAAAUCAGUGGGUGGAAUAACUUUGCUGUCUCGCACCUUCAAACACUUUGUUAAACUAUUCCCUUUAAAUCCUCUUCUGUUCUCAGAUAUUUCACUCCUCUGGUGUCAGCUCAGUAGAUUUAUGAAAAUAAUACUCUGGGUCUUUCUUAUUUAUAUUUACUCUUACUGUUGAUUUUUACCAUUCCUGAAUUGCUAUCAUUUUGUGUCCAUUUUGUGUAUUUGUUUGUCAUGGGUGCCGCCAUUUCGUGUUUCUGGAUUUUAUGGGUUCCACCAUUUUGCAUACCUGGUUGCUGUGGUGCUGUGUUGUUGUUAGACGUAUAAUGUAUGUACGACAUGUCCUAUGACAUAAUGGCAGCCAUGUUAUAUAAAAUAGCUUUUUACAAUAAGAUGUAUCCAAAUCUUGUUGCAAAAUAAAGGAAUGACUUA